CCAUGGAUAUAGAACAUUGGCCAUUCGACUGGGAUGCUGUCAAUGUCCCAGGAUCUCCUGGAUUGACUCGACUAUUCGACCGAUUGGAGCAUGAAGCCUCUAUAACACCUAUGGAUCUCGGUGAUGAAGUUGUGGAAGAAAAGCAGCCGGUCUCAGGAAUUGAACUUCGCGACAAAGUAGAGUGCGGUAGUACAACAAACAGGUAAAUCUCUUCCUAUGGUCGCAUGCGGAACGCUGCAUUGCAGCUUGUAAAUACACCAGGGAAAAUACUUCAAUCGAGCCCCUUGUUUGAGCUUGAUAUUUUUCCAACUUUUAGGAAUAUGCCUAGUCAUCGGAUGAUGGUGCCUGCAUCUGCUCGAUCAAUUGAAACGUGAAAUAUAGAACUCGAAGACUGGGAAUUCAAACUUUUGAAAUUAGCGGAGAUACAAUCAGCGCAUAAUCCAGCAAGCAUUUUAUGUAUUGAGCACUUGAUCUUUCUUCAUGCAAAUCUAGACUUCGACCUCCUGGGUUUAUAUCUUCGACUCGUAGAUGCAAGACUAAAAGACGUCAACCGCAACGAUGACAAAAUAAUAGGGACUUACCUUAACAUUGUCGAGGAGCUCUUGCGGCAAGGCAAAAAUUCAGAUGCAAAAUGCUUACAUCGCAGUUUACACGAAACGAUCCAAGAAUCUGGGUUGAGUGUUGAACAAUCUUUGCAUAUUCGGUUGUCCUAUCUGGAAGCCCAUAUUCUAUGGGUAGAUGAUCACAAGCAGGAGGCCGAAAAUAUCAUCGGAUUAGCGGUACAGAAAGCUUUAAGAUUCCUGGGCCCAAGUCAUAAAACAACGAUGAACGCGUUCAGCCUUCUUGGCCGAUGCUCGAAAUAUCUGGCAGCAUAUCAUAUUCAGAAGCCGAGAAGCUAUAUAGAUACAUCAUACAAGCAGACAGAAGUGGUUUGCAAAAUGCAUCUUGGGGUUACUUCGAGAAUAUCCUGCGUUUGACCCUCGUCCUGGAAGAUAUGACACAAUCUGAAGCAAGUUACAAUCUGUGUACAUACAUCAUUGGACGCUUGAAACAAACAUUUGGGGAGGGGCACUAUCGGAUUCGUGAAUUUCAAUCCACACUAGGUGGUCUCCUUUGUGCAUGGGGCAGGCUACCAGAGUCUAUCAAACUUUUCUAUGAGAUAAUUACAGAAGAAGAUAUUAAUCAACAUCCUUUCCGAGAAUAUAUUUGUCAUCAGCUGGCUCACACCCUACGUGAAGAUGGAAAUUAUCGGAAAGCGAUAGUUUGAUAUAAAAGUUGUCUAUUAUAUACAGUUGAGCUACGUGGUUGGGGUAGUAAUCAUAUGAUGAUCAUGGGUUCUAGUGUAGGACUACGGGAGUGUUAUAAAGAGCUAUCGCGGUUCGAGGAUGCAUUGCUCUUUGCUGAGAAGCUUUUAGAAAAAUUAAAGAUUGCUCUUACAGAUGGUCAUCCGUCUAUCCAAAAGGUCGAAAGUUAGAUUGGUUGGGUACAAGAUCUUAUUGAUGAGAGCGGUGCGAGUAUCGAGGAGAACGGGGGUGAGGAUGAGAGUGAGAGUGAGAAUGAGGAUAUUAUAUAUGAUGUGAGCUUGGAUGAGAUUUUCGAAAUAGAAGACACAGAGCUUGAUGAAAGGAUUGUCAAGAUAAUCAACCAGAUUAGCACAAUAACACUGGUCUAAGAUUGUGACUGCACAGAAUAGGUAAAUUCGGCUCAUUAUCACCACUGUGUUCAGCAGAUUAACACAUCUACAGAGUCAAUAUCAUUUGUCGAGUACGGGUUUUGAAUCGAGUAAUCACUCGACUUUCGAUGAUUUCUCUCUCCUGCACUGGAUAUUCCACGAGUGGCUUGACCUCCACGUUCCAUUCCAUACCUCCAGCAUACUAUAAAACUCGGCGAUAUCAUGCGAAGAUUUACCACCAACUUUCACUCCGAUCAUCAAAUAUAUAGUCAUAAUGUUUCGAUUUCAUCAACAAA